AUGACAGAAGAAAAUGAAGAAAAUGGUAGUCAGUACCAGAAGUUUUUAAGAUCUUUAGAUGAUAGUCAGUUGAUAUCUCAUAUCAACAGUUUAAGUCAGCAAGAGCAGAAGAGCCAAAAUAUCGUUUUAGAUGAUAUACAGGGAGAGUCAACACCCAUGGAAGCUGGGAAAGGGGUGUUAGGAGAAUUUAAUGCUAGCUUUAGAAGCUUCGCGUCGUUAAGCUCUGAUCCAUUUGAUGAUGGAUUGGAUGAUGUUUUGGCUAAUAUACACUCAGGGAGAACGAGCUUCACGGGGAAAUUACUUGAAAUCAGUCAUGCUGAUAGUGGUGGAAACAAGCGCCAGAAAAUUGGCCAGGACAAGUCAUUGGAGCAAAAUCUUUCAGUGCCUGAGGUAUUUUCAGACGAAGAAGAGGGAUCGAGAGAGAAACCAUUAGAAGUUGAUGAUGCAGCGGAUUACGUUGAAGAUGUUUCUGACAAUGUAGAAGGAAGUGAUGAAAAUGAUGAAAUGCUACCUAGACACGAGUUUGGGGACUUCGCCACUUAUUUUCAUAACAAGCAUUUAAAGCAGCAAAAGGCUGAUAAAGAGUACAUUAAGUGGGACGUUGAAAGAAGAAAAUAUCAAUGUGGAGAUGAAAGAAUGGAGAUACGCAAGCCCGUAUUCGAGGGUUGUGUAAUUCAUGUCAAUGGACAUACCGUGCCUUCGAUUAAUGAAAUUCAUCGGCUAGUAAUUCUACAUGGGGGUAGGUUUUUAAGCCAUUUAUCAAGCAAAGGGUCUGCAACCCACAUAAUCUGCGAUAGAUUAACUCCCAGAAAAAAGAUUGAAUUCAAGAACUACAAAGUAGUCCGUGCACAAUGGAUUGUCGAUUGCGUUGAACGUAAUGAUUUAUUAGACUGGAAUAACUACAGAUUAAUGCUGGAGGUUUCCUAUGGCCAGAAACGUUUAAAUUUUGCAACAGGGGAAAAUAGAGAAGAUUUGAGAAAUCGAAUAGAAAUACCAGCAGAAGUAGAAUCAGAAGUGGAUGAAGAAGAGUCAGAUGAUGAAAGUGUACUCGACAAACUUUUAUCUGAUCAAGCUGAAAAUGACAUUGAAGAGAUUGAAAUAGCGAUACCAGAAGAAGAAAAUUCAAAAAAAUUAGUAUCAGAUAAAGUUGUUCCUAGAUUUGAAAAAAUUGCGAUGGAUGCAAAGCACCCUGACUUUCUCAAGCACUUUUUUGCGAACUCAAGGCUUCAUCACUUAAGCACCUGGAAAGCAGAUCUCAGGUUGAAAUUCUUAAGAAAGGUUGCCCUCGAAAAGAUACCAAACGAGCCUAACAGUAGCCAUACCUUAGAAAGCCCCGACAAAAAAGUUAUUCUCCAUGUGGAUUUUGAUUGUUUUUUUGCGACAGCGUCUUGCUUGAACCGUCCCGAUUUAGACAUAAAAAGGGAUCCAAUUGCUGUGACGCACGGUGGACGUACAUCUGAUAUUGCAAGUUGUAAUUAUGUAGCAAGAAAAUUUGGAGUUCGUAAUGGUAUGUGGUCUGGUAAAGCAAAGCAAUUAUGCCCCCAGUUAAUACAUUUAGAUUAUGAUUUUGAUGCGUAUGAAAGAUAUUCGGCAAGUUUUUAUGAUUAUUUAAUUUCUCGUGGUAUAUUUGAUCAUAUAUUUCCAGUACUGAUUGAUGAGGUAUUGUUAGAUGCAACUAACUUUUGUUUUGAAAGUAGUAGGUCACUCGUGGAUACCGUUAAUGAGCUUUCGCAAACAAUAAGAGAAGAUAUAUUUAAUCUCACAAAGUGUUCUGUUAGUAUUGGCGCUUCACACAAUGUUUUACUAGCGAAAUUAGCUUUGAAAAAGGCAAAGCCAAAUGGCCAAUUAUAUCUUCAUGAAGCAAUUGAUGAUUUCUUAGAUAAUAUUCCAGUUAAAGAUUUACCAGGUAUUGGGAAUAGUAUUAAAUACAAGUUAAUAGAGGAAAUCCCGGAUUUGUCUAGUCAUGAGCCACUAAUAAAGGACUUAAAACCAUUCACAGAAUCAAAAUUAAUGAAUAUUUUUGGAAAGAAGACUGGUACUAAGUUAUACCAAUUUGCAAGAGGAAUUGAUUAUUCAAGCAUCAAGAUAGAUUUAAGUAAUAGUGAAUCUGUUCUCGGAAGAAAGUCAGUAUCCGUCGAUGUUAAUUUUGGUAUACGAUUUGAUACUGUUCCUCAGGUUGAAGUAUUUUUAAUAAACUUAUCUAAAGAAUUAUACUCACGCUUGAUUUCAUUAGGAAUGUGUGGUUCAAGUAUUACACUAAGAUUAGCUAAGAGAGCUCAAGAUGCACCUAUCGACCCACCCAAAUAUCUAGGCAUGGGAUUGUGUGAUUUUGUCAGUAAAUCUUCGAAGCUAGGUGUCCCUACUAAUGAUUGGGGUAUUAUAGGGUCUGAAUUGAAAGCAUUAUUUAGGAUGGUUAAUGUUCCUGUUAAAGAGCUACGCGGUAUUGCUAUUACUAUGAAUAAGCUUGAGGAUGUUGAAAACCUAAAAAAGAUAAGGCAGAUGAGAUUACCAUUCAAUCAAGUAAAACAAAUUAAAUUCAAUGAAAGAAAUAGAUCACCUAAAAAACAACCCCUAAAAAGGUAUUGUGAUCCAUUGGAAAAUACGAAUAUUGACUGGGAAGUAUUCAACGAAUUGCCUGAGGAUAUAAAACAAGAGUUACAAUCUGAGCUUUCACGGCGUGGUAUUUCUAGAAAGAACGCUCAGCUUAUCGAAUCAAAAACGAGUCCAAAAAAAGAAGAGAUAUCUAUUGUUUCUGAUAAUAAAAAACCGAAAGCAUAUUUGCAGCAAUUAAUACCUACUCAAUUAAACGGGCCUCCCAAGUAUGUUCGGGUUAUAGAAUCGCCCACGAAGUCACCGUCGAAGUCACCUAGAAAGAGGAAAAAAAUGUCAGCAUCACCGUCCCCUGUGAAGAAGCAAAUGCCAAAAGCUUAUAAUGAUUCUGGAUCGUACGAUGAAUCAGUUUUGAAUGAAUUACCGUCAUCUAUUAAAACAGCUGUCUUGAAAGACUUAGAGUAUAAAAAUAAAAUUAAGGACUUUGAUUUGACGCCUAUGAAGGAGAAGAUGAAUAAGAAAAAUAAGAAAAAGAAUAGUGCCGGCCAAUUCAAUAUCAAUCAAAAGUGGAUUUCGACGCAACCAAAGUUGAUAAAUGCCCCACAAUUUCUUAACCAACAAAGCUCGUUUUAUGACAUUAGCAAGUCUAUAGAGGGAUGGGUUUGCAUGUCAUUAAAUCAAGGUGGGCCACAUUUAGCCGAUGUUCAAAUUUUUACGGAUUAUUUAAGAGAACUACUAAAACAAGACAAUCUAAGUAGAUGCCUAAAUUUGAUCAAAUGCUUACGCUGCAACCUAGAAUAUCAAAAUUCUAUACAAAACGUAAGGUCAAGCACACAGAAUAGUGAACUGCUAGUAAAAUUAGGAAUCAAUGACUGGAAUACUGUAAUAACUAAAUACAUUGUUCCGGUAAUUAAUGAAUACUGUACUCAGAAUUAUAUAGAUACGAUAAUUUAA